UGUAAGAUAUUUAUCACAAAUUCACAAUUGUGCCUUUAUUGAUCACAAUAAUUAAUCUUCAUAUCCGCUUUGCAGGUCCCUGUACAUCGCUGAUGUUUCACCACCCCUUCUGCUGCCACAAACUUUUCCACCUCGUACUCAGUCACGAGCGGCUGGUGUUGUCUCUCGCGCUGCCUGCGUAGCAUGCGCGUUAAACGUGAUGACUAGUCUGCUGGCAUUGAUCUACCUUCACUCUUUCUCUGGAGUCGUCAAAGAGCCGGGCAUAACCAGUCAUCUUCCACGCUGACUGAGCGACGUGCUUGAAACAGAACCGAGACAGAGGAACAGGAGGCAAACCCCGUUCGUGGGCAAAAAUGCGAGCGUUGUCCGUGGUGCUGAAUCCGCUGCUGUUUCUCCUGCUGUUCGGCUAUUACCCUUCUGUGACAGUCAAGCCUAAGGAAGGCUGGCAGGUGUACAGCUCGGCCCAGGAUACAGAGGGGAGGUGUAUCUGUACAGUGGUGGCUCCUGAACAGAACCUCUGCUCCAGAGACGCCAAGGAGGGACAGCUCCGUCAGCUACUGGAGAAGGUCCAGAACAUGUCCCAGUCAAUUGAGGUGCUGAACCUGCGGACUCAGAGAGACUUCCAGUACAUCAUGAGGAUGGAAGGCCAGUUCAAAGAGCUAAGGUCAAAGUUCAGACAGAUAGAGACCAACAAGAAGACACAGGUCAACAGAAACUUCCAGGAGUUGAAGGGUAAGAUGGAUGCCCUACAGCCUCUGAUCCCUGUGUUGGAACAGUACAAGACAGAUGCCCAGCUCAUCUCCCAGUUUAAACAGGAGAUCAGGAACCUCUCCAUGGUGCUCACAGCCAUCCAGGAGGAGAUAGGAACCUAUGACUAUGAGGAACUACAACAGAGGGUCCUGAAUCUGGAGAGCAGGCUACGCAACUGCAUGAGCAAACUCACAUGUGGUAAACUGAUGAAGAUCACUGGACCUGUGACAGUGAAGACCUCUGGUACACGGUUUGGAGCUUGGAUGACUGAUCCACAGGCCUCCCCUAGAAACAACCGGGUCUGGUACAUGGAUAGCUACACCAACAACAAGAUCGUCAAAGAGUACAAGUCCAUAGCAGACUUUGUUUCCGGGGCCGAGUCUCGAACCUACAACCUGCCGUUCAAGUGGGCCGGGACCGACCACGUGGUGUACAACGGCUCUCUGUACUACAACAAGGUCCAGAGUAACAUCGUGGUGUGUUACCGCUUCGAGACGGGCCGCGUGGUAACCCAGAGAGCCCUGGAGAACGCCGGCUUCCACAACGUCUACCCUUACACCUGGGGAGGCUUCUCCGACAUAGACCUCAUGGCCGACGAGCUGGGUCUGUGGGCCGUCUACGCCACCAAUCAGAACGCAGGAAACAUCGUCAUCAGCCAGCUCAACCCCGACACGCUACAGGUCCUCGGAACCUGGAACACGGAAUAUUCCAAACGGAACGCGGGGGAGUCCUUUAUGAUCUGCGGAACACUCUACAUCACCAACUCUCACCUGACUGGUGCUAAGGUCUACUACGCGUACUCCACCAAGACAUCCAGCUAUGAGUACACAGACAUCCCCUUCCAUAACCAGUUCUUCCACAUGUCCAUGUUGGACUACAACGCCAGGGACCGGGCGCUGUACGGCUGGAACAAUGGACACCAGGUUCUGUUCAACGUCACGUUGUUCCAUAUCAUCAAGACAGAGGACGAUUCCUGAGGAGGAAGAACCUCUGGAACACUGAUUAACAUUCCUGGUGUUCCGGUGUUCCGUCAGUCAUUGUGGGAGUUCUGUUGUUGGGUCUCUAAAUGGUAUUUUUUGCUCUCUUCUUUUGACAAUCCAUCUUCGGAUCUAUUGGCUUCCCUUUCAAAUUUCUAAUGCAAGAAUUACUAAAGAUGUUGGCCUCCGAACUCUGAACUGUCUCCCAAUGUCAUGACAGAGUUAUGAUAUUCUCUGGUAGUCCUACCUAGCAACCCCAAUUUUCAAUCAUCUGGCCCUCUAACGAUGACAUCAUGCCCUGACAGUCUUCCUCAUUUUGUUCUCUUUUGACACAAGCCUUUAUUUUUUACUUUAUCCCUGUCCUUUCAGCUACUCUACACUGGACUCUAUGAGAGAUUGUCUGGGCUUGGUAACAUGCCUCUGAUUGGCUGGGCUUGGUAACAUGCCUCUGAUUGGCUGGGCUUGGGUAACAUGCCUCUGAUUGGGUAACUUAGCUUUUGUAUCCAUUGCAACAGUAUCAAUAGGAGUAUGCCUUAUUCAGUGCAGUCUGUUCUGUAAGUCCUAGGAUAACAGGUGUUCUGUCCUGCAUGAAUGUCUAUGAUAGCAUGUCUAGCUCUCCGUGGUUGCAUCCCAAAUGGCACCCUAGGUCCCAGAGGGCUCUGGUCAAAAGUAGCACACUAUAUAGGGAGUAGGAUUUCAUUUUGGAUGCAACCUAUGGCUGUCCUGAUAGCAUCGAAACUGUCUGUGGACUCUCUCGGCAACCAUCUCUCUUUCCCACUGUAACACAAUUAAUGACUAUUGUCUGAUUAUACUGUAUAUGGAUGAACAGGAAAAUACACAUUUAUAUACAUAAUUAGUGUUACAUUAUGGAAAUAAAAUGAUUAUUGUUUUUGAUUAAGUUUUGAUUUGCUCCGAACAUUAGUUUGUGUUGGAACUGCAGCGAUGUAGUAUCUUUAUUUUGUACCUUGAUGAGGAAUCGAUUGUAUGUGAUAACACAUUACGCUAACAGUGGUCUCUACGGGCCCUAUUCAGACCUAAGAUAAGUUGACUUAAUACGGACUUAAGUCAAACAUUUGACCUUAAAGACGGAAUGCGCCGAACGGGGAAACAGUGCCACUGACCGUCUGCUAAAAAAAACGUACAGUACAUAUUGUGUUGUUCUAUUGCGCGUACAAUGGUGUCAGGGUAUGGUGUCGGAGAAAUGGUGUCAGAGAAAUGGUGUCAGAGAAAUGGUGUCAGAGUAAUGGUGUCAGAGUAAUGGUGUCAGAGAAUUGGUGUCCGAGAAAUGGUGUCAGAUGAAUGGUGUCAGAGUUAUGGUGUCAGAUAAAUGGUGUCAGAUGAAUGGUGUCAGAGAAAUGGUGUCAGAUGAAUGGUGUCAGAUGAAUGGUGUCAGAGAAAUGGUGUCAGAGCAAUGGGGUCAGAGAAAUGGUGUCAGAAAAAUUAUGCCAGAGCAAUGAUGUCCGAAAAAUGAUGUCAGAGCAAUGAUGUCAGAGAAAUGAUGUCAGAGCAAUGAUGUCAGAGAAAUGA